AUGACAAUUUCUUUGUUCAUUAUUGCAUUCCACUUUGAUCUUAGUAAUGCUUAUAAACUGGAUAGAAGUUUUACCCAACAUUCAAAACGAGAAGAAAAUUUUACAGGAAGUGUUACAUUCUUUGAUGCAGGCCUUGGUGCAUGCGGUACUAAAAAUACGAACAGUGAUUUGGUUUGUGCAAUAUCAAAAGAAAGAUUCGGUGAAUCACCCGGUGAUAAUCCAAAUAAAAAUCAAAACUGUGGUAGACAGAUUAAAGUGACUAGAGAUUCGAAAUCAGUCAUAGUCACGGUUGUGGAUAUAUGUACAGAAUGUCAACGAGAUGAUCUUUCUUUAACUCCAGCAGCAUUCAAUCAACUCGCUGAUCCUUCGGAGGGACGCGUGAAAUGUACUUGGGAGUUCUUGUAA